AUGAAGAAGUUCCUCAGGCUUUCUCAGAAACCUCCGCCACCCGAUUCCAUUACUCCGUCUCCUGCCACUACCGCAGUUUCUGUGGGCCUACACCCUAGUUUCUCUGUAUCAAUUCCCCCUAUACCUCACCCGACUCCUCACUACCGUAUAUCCGUACUUUCAACGAAGGAUGCUUUACUGCUUCGCCCACUUAUACCCGGUGCUUCACCUCCACAUUCCUAUGUUCGUAUACCAUGGGGCAGCGACUUCCAGAUAGAGGAAAUCUCAGAAGCCUCAGAUGAAUCUUGGGAUGAGGCAGCAAUUGUCCUUGGUAUUCUUGGCUGCCUAAAUCUCACAUCAGGCGCAUAUAUUCUUGUCAUUACCGCCAAGACCGACAUAGGAAAUUUCCUUGACAGUCGCAAUGCAGUCUAUGGCGUAAAGUCUGUGUCAGCCAUUCCUUUGCAAGAAUCUCGAGCUCGGACGAUUUUAAAUACUAUUGCGGUUAAGCAUAAUCAAGCCAAUGUGCUUGUUCGCCCGCCCGUCCGAACUGCAGAUACUUCUGAUAUUGGAGAGGAGUUUGUGGAGCAAGAUCAGGGUAUAAACCGGCCGGAGAAAGCCACUAAAGUCAAAUUCUCAGAUAGUGACGAUGUCAAAGUGGUAUCUCCAUUACCGGAUCAAGAAUUUCGGCCUUCGUCACCUACCUCAUCCAUUAAUUCAUCUCCGUCCUCGGGUGCUUCCACACCAAGCUCUGAUGCAGAUCAGUCAACACCAAUUGCUAAAGCUCUUGCGUCUCGUCUUUCUUUUUGGACUCGAUUAUCUAAGCGGCAAUCUAUGCAUUCAGCAGACAAUUCGGAGGAACAGCUGCUCCACGGUUCCGACCAGGAUUUAUUGGAAGAUACCACUAGAGAUCCUGUAAAAAUUUUACAAGAAAUCCUGGAUUCAACCUCUUCGGCACCAAUGACGGCUGAAGAACGCCAAAGUGAACUUGACGAAAAGGUCCUCAAACAGUGUAUCAGGGAAUUUACGAAGGGGUGCAUGCUCUUUGCUUACAAUUUUGAUAUAACCACCUCCCUACAACAUAAACAACAUGAAUUAGCACGGUUGAGGCGAAAAACUUCACCGCAAGCCAAAGAAACCAGUGCCAGUUCUACAGAGUCAACGGAAGCAGAUCAUUACGACGUCCUUGCCGAACCAUAUUCUACCCUCCCUUUAUGGCGCCGAGCAACCAAGCAGUUCUGGUGGAAUGAGCAUAUGCUCCAACCAUUUAUUGAUGCUGGUCUUCAUUCCUACGUGCUUCCGGUCAUGCAAGGCUUCUAUCAAAUUGCUUCCUUCCACAUUGCUAGAGAACCUGAGUCCUCUGAGACUGGUGAAAGUGCUCUUAUCAACUAUAUAAUUAUUUCAAGGCGCUCAAGAGAUAGAGCUGGUCUGCGCUACCAAAGAAGAGGUGUUGACGACGACGCCAAUGUAGCGAAUUUUGUGGAAACAGAAUCAGUGGUGUCUCUCGAGAGAGAAGGGAAGAAUAAUGUCUUCAGCUACAUACAAAUCCGGGGUUCAAUUCCUCUCUUCUGGAUACAGUCAGGUUACAACCUUAAGCCACCACCGGUCUUGAGCACAGAUAGAACACAUGAACAAAAUCUAGUAGCUCUCCGACGGCACUUCUCAAAGAGCAUUACUCGAUAUGGACCGCAUACUGUUGUAAACCUCGCAGAACAACAUGGUAAAGAGGCAGUUGUCACGAAUGCAUAUCGUGAAUAUACCCGAGAGUUAGGCUCGAAAGAUGUCCGGUACACAGAGUAUGACUUCCAUCAUGAAACGAAAGGCAUGCACUAUGAGAAGAUCUCAAGUCUCAUCAGUAAACUCCGUAAAACCUUCGACACACAAGGGUUCACGUGGUUCUCUGGGGGUAUACUCAUGAGCGAGCAGAAGGCUGUCUUCCGAGUCAACUGUAUAGACUGCUUGGAUAGAACAAACGUUGUUCAGUCUGCCUUUGCGAGGCAUUUGCUCGACAAACAGCUUGGAGCUGUGGCACUUAUUAAUACAGGCGUUGCUGGUCAAUCGGAAAUUGAUAUUGUCUUUAACGACGUAUGGGCAAACAAUGGCGACGCCAUUAGCAGAGCUUAUGCAGGCACAUCGGCACUGAAAGGUGAUUAUACCCGGACUGGCAGACGAGACAUAACGGGCAUGCUCAACGACGGCAUGAACUCGCUCGCGAGGAUGUAUACUUCAACGUUCAGCGACUGGUUUUCGCAAGCAGUUAUCGACUUCUUGCUCGGAAAUAGAACUCUCUCUGUAUUCUCUGAGUUCCUGGAGAAGAUGCAAUCGACAGAUCCCAGAGAACGCAUACGGACGGAACUUAUUCGAACAGAAGCUAUCGCCGACUCUGUAUCGCGUGUACUGUCGGAAGGAGAGCGGCUGCUUUCUGGUUGGACUCUUCUUUCUCCCGCGGAGAUUAAUACUAGAUUUAGCGACAAGUUGGAAGAGAAGGUGCUUUUACUGAGUGUUCGUGCACUGUACGUCGUAAGCUACGAUUACGCCCUCGAGAAGGUGGCGCGAUACUCUCGCAUACCUCUUGACCAAAUUACGAGCAUUACGAAAGGAACAUACAUCUUAUCCCCGCUUGAAGAAGGAAGCAGAGAUCCGCUACAGAACUAUGGGUUCAUGGUUAACUAUCUGACAUCGGGCGAGAGCGUACGAUUCACGAGGUACUCUUUACGCAACGAUGUUGAACUGGUUGCUGAUAACCAGCAAUCGUCGAGUACGUUUUCCAAACGCUCGUCGAAAAGAGGAAGCACCGCUCUUUCACGGAUAAUGUCGAACACAGCAGCCGAGCGUGGAGACGUGACCUCAUUCGUGGCAUUCAAGGCCUUGCCCGUCGAUCCAGCACGCUCCAGAAGAGUAACUGGAAGUUUUGUGGAACAAGCCAAUGAUCUCGUCUGGGCGAAGACUUGCAAACAAGCGGUAGACGUGAUGGUCGACAUGAUCUUCCAAGCCGUGACUACUACAAAGAGUGGCGCCGAAGGGAAAGAGGCAUGCCUUAUUUUUUCGGAACCGAUAGUCAGUCUUGAGGAGGCUCAGCGGUCGACAACAGUGAUGGCAAAGAUGGAAUACAGUAUCAAGAGACUUUUAUGGCUAGGUAGUUAAUUUUUGCAUCAAUCAAAC